UGGUUUGCUGCGCCUUUUGAUUAUCUUCACAGCUCAUUCGAUCUCUUUGGAUUUCAGUGGAAUAGGGAAAUUGGGGUUUCUUUUUUCAGCCGAGCUUAUUCGGUGUUCUUGGCAUUAUUUUGAUCGAGGGAAAAGUUGGUGUUUGAAGUGGGAACUCUGGUGAUGAAAAAAUGGGGGAAAAUGGAAAUGCAGCUGCUCAACACACUGCAAUCAACGUAGUUCAGGCAUUAGGGAGAGGAUUUGAUGUCAACUUCGAUACGAGGUUGUUAUACUGUAAAGGUGUUACAGGUUAUAGGAUUGUCAAAAUCAACGAGGAACACGUUAGGGAUGUCUACUUGGACGAUCAACUUGUUCUGCACAAUAUUUCCAGAGAUAUCAAGAACUCCCAGGAGCCUAUUGGCCGUCAUAGUUCUGGGGUUUGUAAUUUUCAUGAGAUGGUGGAGUAUUUUAAUAAAAAAGCAAAUGUGUCUGGUAGUUUUCCACUUGGUAGUUUCAAUUCUGUAUUUAGCUUUACUGGUUCAAUGAAUAUUGAUUUCGUGGCCACAAAGAUGCUUAUGAAUAUUUGA